AUGGACAGACCUGUGAGGUCAAGAUUGGCCUCCCUCAGUGACUUUCAGUUCGGGGCUGUGGCCACAGAGACGAUAGAAGACGCUCUGCUCCACCUGGCGCAGCAGAAUGAGCAAGCCGUGCAGGAGGCUGCCGGCCGGAUGGGCAGCUUCAGGGAGACCCGGAUCGUGGAGUUUGUUUUUCUCCUGUCUGAACAAUGGUGUCUGGAGAAAUCCGUGAGCUACCAGGCUGUAGAAAUCCUAGAAAGGUUUAUGGUUAAGCAGGCAGAGAAUAUGAACAGGCAAGCCACGAUCCAGCUGAGAGAGAAGAAGGAGGCUCAGAAUUGGAAAGCUCUGAAAGAGCAGCUUUUCAACAAGUUUAUCCUGCGUCUUGUGUCAUGUGUUCAACUGGCAAGCAAACUUUCCUUCCACUACAAAAUUAUCAGCAACGUUACAGUCCUGAAUUUCCUCCAGUAUCUAGGGUAUGUGCACACUAAAGAAGAACUGCUGGAGUCAGAGCUUGAUGUUUUGAAGUCCCUGAACUUCCAAAUCAAUCUGCCCACUCCCCUGGCAUAUGUGGAGAUGCUUCUGGAGGUUUUAGGAUACAAUGGCUGCUUGGUCCCGGCCACACAGCUGCACGCAACCUGCCUGACCCUGCUCGACCUUGUCUAUCUCCUGCACGAACCCAUAUACGAGAGCCUGCUGAGGGCUUCGAUUGAAAACUCCGUACCCAGUCAGCUGCAAGGGGAAAAGUUUGUUUCAGUGAAGGAAGACUUCAUGCUGUUGGCAGUAGGAAUCAUUGCAGCGAGUGCUUUCAUCCAAAACCACGAGUGUUGGAGCCAGGUUGUGGGGCAUUUGCAGAGCAUCACUGGCAUUGCCUUGGAAAGCAUUGCUGAGUUCUCUUAUGCAAUCCUGACUCACAGCGUGGGAGCCAACACUCCGGGGCGACAGCAGCCUGUUCCCCCCCACCUGGAGGCCAGAGCCCUGAGAGCCACCGCCUCCUCCAACACAUGA